ACGCUCACCGACUUUUUUUAUUCACAACAAAACCCUAAUUCUCUUUCUUCAUACCUGAAAAGGGGACAGGAUUGUGCCCGAAGAUUUUGAACGAGAGAAGAAGCAAAUUCAGAGUCUUUGAAUGUUGGAUUCCCACUACUUGGAGCUCUGAAGUCAUCUUGGAAUCAGAAAUGACUUCACCACUGAUAGCUGGACUUGCUGUUGCUGCUGCCGCUCUAGCUGGUAGAUAUAGCAUUCAGGCAUGGCAAGCAUUCAAAGCAAGACCACCGACUGCUAGAAUGCGUAAAUUCUAUGAAGGAGGUUUCCAGCCAAAAAUGACGAGGAGGGAGGCAGCUCUUAUUCUUGGAGUCAGGGAAAGCACUCCGGCCGAUAAGGUAAGGGAAGCUCACAGGAGGGUGAUGGUAGCAAACCACCCUGAUGCAGGUGGUAGCCAUUACCUUGCUUCCAAAAUCAACGAAGCUAAGGACGUAUUGCUUGGGAAAACGAAGAGCAGCGAUUCUGCCUUUUAAUUUUUACUAAAGAGCUUCGGCAAAGUUUUGACAGCUGAAAUUAAGUCCGACCCACUCCCGAAAACCAAAUUACUACUUGAUAAAACAAUUAUAACAAACUUGUUCUCGAUUUAUCAAAAACUUAUUCUUGGAAUCUACGGGUAGUGUUCUCUUACUACCUUUAAUCUCCUUUCGUGUACAUUAUUUCUGGAGCACGAGCAUUUUAUAUUCACAAGUAGCAUAGCUUGCUGUAGUUAUACUAUUGAACACACUGGAACAUGUGGCUAUCUGCGCGAAUUUUGGCUUCAAUGUGUAUAAGAGAACAGUUGUGCGGUUGCUUUGUGUUGUACUCUUUAUAAAAAAGUAUGGAUCAACUGACUUCUUAA